AUGAGCGAUACUCAAAGUUCAACUCAUGACCCUGAGAAGAGUGCACCUGUCGCACGCACGCAAAGUGUCAAGGAUGGAAAUAGACACGAGACCAGUCUCGUCAAUAUCUUGGUUGCUUGCACUGCAUGUUUAGGAGGAUUCCUAUACGGCUUCGCGGCCAACGCUCUUGCUGGAUCCCUCGCCCAACCAACCUUCAUCGCCAAGUUCUUGUCGGGGUCUAAUGCAACAUCUGUACAAGAUGGUAUGCUUGGAGGUUUCCUCGGAGGCGCCCUAGUCGGUGCUAUUCUGCAGGCACCCGUGUCUAACAAGUUCGGCCGCCGAAUUGCCAACGCCGUUGCCGCCCUGAUCGUCAUUAUCACGGGUGCUUUGCAGGCCGGUUCGGUCAGUGCCACCAUGUUUAUCGUCGUGCGUGUCAUCUGCGGCGUCGGUGCGGGUAUGGUAUUCUCGAAUACGCCCGUGUACAUGAGUGAGAUCUCGCCCCCGCACACACGUGGAAUGCUGGUCGGUCUGCACGGUGUGGGAACAGUGACGGCGUAUAUCCUGGCCGCUAUUUGCGCGCUGGCCUUCAGCUUCGUCAACACUCAGAUGCAGUGGCGGUUUAUCUUCAUCGUUCUGACUGCUGUGGGUGUUAUCUACAUGGCGACACUUUGCUUCAUCCCUGAAUCUCCUCGCUGGCUCAUGCAACAGGGACGUGAUGAAGAGGCUAAGAAGGUCUUGGAGUAUCUGCAUCGUACCAAGCGGGACCCUAGAGGUACUUUUGCUCAUGCUGAGGCGGUCCAGAUCAAGGCCCAGGUCGUUGCAGAGAAGAAUACUCCAAGCGGAUAUCUCUACAUUAUCCGCACAGCGUCUCACCGCAAGCGCGCUCUCUGCGCCAUCCUGUUGUGGACCAUGGGCCAGGGAACCGGCAUCACUGCCAUCGCCAAUUUGAUUCCUACCCUCAUGGGUGCACUGGGCUUUGGUACCACCAUGCAACUUGGACUUGGAAUUGUUUGGACUGUGUGUGCGGUGAUUGGUUGCGGAAUCAAUAUCUUCCUCCUAGACAAGAUUGGACGAGUCAAGUUGUUGGUCAUCGGUGGAUUUGGCUCUGCCGCUAUUAUCAGUGUCAUGGCCGCUCUCGAGAAGUACUACCUCCACACAACCUACACACCUGGAAUCAACGGCGCCGUCGCUAUUUAUUUCAUCUUCGGUGCCUUCUUCACCUCCACCAUUGAAUGUACCGCAUACGUCUAUGGUUCCGAAAUUUGGCCGACCCACCUGCGCAGCGAGGGAGCAACCAUUGCAUUGGUCAGUUUCUUCGGUAAUGCUGUCGCAUACAGCGCGCCUGUCACACUGGCUCUCAACAAUAUCGGAUGGAAGUUCUAUAUGGUGUUUGUUGCUGUUACCGUCGCAAGCACUAUUGCCAUCAUGUUUUAUUUCCCCGAGACCAUGGGACUGAGUCUCGAGGAGAUCAAUGCUAAGUUCGGCGACCACGUCGAGAUGGAGCUUCAGGAUGCACUUGAUGUUGAGGACACUAGCUCGAACGGCACAGUCUAA